GUUUAUGUUAAAACUUAUACAAACACGAGAUAUUCACUAUAUUCUAACGAGUACUCGCGUUAUCGGCAGUCCUGGUCAGUAUGGUCAAGGACGGGUCGCCAUAUUAGUCAGCUGUAUUUAAAAUGAGAGCAGUGCCCAGUGAAACAGCAUGCAUGUAAUUGAGGGUUUAUCCAGGCUGUGUUAUUCAAGACUUGAUCUAUAAUAAGACAGGGAUUUACACCGACAGGUACUCUAGAUUUCGGACACUUUGGAUACGUAAAUAUAAUGUUUGAUUAUUGGAGUAUUAUCCUGUCAGGUGUGGUAGUGUUUUUGUUUAUAUGGUGGCGGAAAACCACGAGAGAUUCUACCCUUCCCCCCGGACCCCCGACAGUGCCAUUCAUUGGAAAUCUCCUCAGUGAAAAUCCAGACACGUUGCUGGAGAAAUUCGAAGAGUACAAAAAUAAAUAUGGCGACGUAUUCAGUCUGGUCACUGGUUCCAAGGUACUCGUCGUAGUAAGUGGAUAUGAUACCCUGCGGGAUGUAUUCAUAAAACAUGGCGAUGUCGUAUCCGAAAGACCUGACAGCUUUCUAACAACGGUAAUUGGAAAAAACAAAGGUGUGUCACAUGCUUCUGGAGCAUUAUGGAAAGAACACAGGGCCUUCACUCUAAAUGCACUGAGAGAAUUCGGGUUCGGAAAACGGAGCUUGGAGUCCAAAAUCAUUGAAGAAAUAGAAGUGUUCGUUGAAGAGACAAUUUCUAUGAAAGGCGAACCUUUCGACAUACAUUCUUUGAUAAAUAUCUGUAUCGCCAAUAUUAUGUGUUCCAUCGCCUUUGGUAAGCGUUAUGACCAUAGUGAUAAAAAAUUUACGUCAUUGUUAGAAAAGGUAAACCAAAAUUUGAGCAAUGGAAAUAUACUUUUUGUUGCAACUAUACUUCCGUUUGUUAGAUACAUCCCAGGAGAUCCUUGUCAAAUAAAAAAGGUCUUGACUAACACCGUGGACGUGGAGAACCAUCUUGGUCAAAUUUUAAGGGAUCACGAGAAAGAGUUUGACGAAAAUAGUUCUCGAGACUUCAUUGAUAUUUACAUGAAGAAAAUAAAGUCUGAGAAAAGUAAUCCAAACACAACUUUUGAUGAGGACCAAUUGUUAAAGAUCCUUGGUGAACUUUUUGUGGCGGGUACAGAGACGAGUACAACUGCUCUUCGGUGGUUUUCUUUAUUUAUGAUAAGACAUCCUGAUGUGCAGAAUAAGAUGCGCAAGGAAAUAAAUGACGUCAUCGGUUCUUCAAGAUACCCAAAUAUGGAAGAUAAGCAAAAUCUCCCAUAUUGCGAGGCAGUAAUACACGAAGUGUUGCGUAUAGGAGCCAUCGCUCCGAUCUCUGUUCCUCAUGGACUGACACGUGAUCUUCCUUACAAAGAUUUCACAAUUCCUAAAGACGCUCUUCUCAUUCCCAAUUUGCAUUCUGUCCUCUUUGAUGAAAAAAUAUUCCAAGACCCCCAUGCUUUUCGUCCUGAAAGAUUUUUGGAUGACAAAGGAAAUCUUCAGAAUACUGAGAAAGUUCUGGUAUUCUCACUUGGUCGAAGAGUGUGUUUAGGAGAAGCUUUGGCAAGGAUGGAACUGUUCUUGUUUGUGACGUCACUGAUACAGAGAUUUCAGCUUCUAACAGAGGAUCCAGAUAAUCUGCCACCAGUAGAAGGCAUUUUCGGAAUUACGCACGCACCAAAAGACUUUGUUUUGAAAGCGGUUGGCGUUUAGGUUAAUGAAACUCAAAUACAUUUUAUUGUUUAACAAGUUCUGUUUAAUGAAAUCCAAAAAUAAAUGCAUAUGUGCAUGUCAGAUUAUCUUUGGGUUUAUAGGUACAUGGAGGUAAAACCAUUUUACUGAAGACUGUAUGUGCAU